AUGAUGACCUCCAGCGGAAGAUAUCACCAUAAGACCUCCCGUUCUGCAGAAGAGGAGUCUGACCCAAUCAGUCCCAUCAGUCGUGUGAGCACAGCUGAAGGUUUCGGUAAUCGUCAAAAACCCGGUGCGCCCGGAGAAGUUCGUAUCUCCUUCGAUAAUGGCAGGAGUUCCAUCCUUCCGGGCGACGAUGACAGCGACACCACAUCAACGGGUUCGGGUCGCCGAAGAGCCUUCCGCCGUCGCGGGAAACGCAUGACCGCUUCUCGAAACUAUCAUAACCCGACGAAGAUCAUCGGCGCCGAACCUGGGAUCUCUGCUACUCAGGAAAUCGACUUGGAACUAUACGCCCGGUGUGGAAUCACUUGUGUGGAUUAUGGCAUGGACGAUAUGAUCACUACUGAAUUGAUCAAUGAGACACUCCCGGAGUUUCUAGCUCGACCGCGACCUAAGUGGGCGACUGUCAGAUGGAUUAAUGUCAAUGGACUGUCCUGGGAUGUUAUCAAAUGCCUUGGCCAGUACAAAGCUCUCCACCGUCUGGCAAUCGAGGACAUUAUGAAUACCCACUCUCGCUCAAAGACGGAUUGGUAUUCAGACCACGCCCUCGUAGUCAUGACGCUGCAGAAACUCGUCCAUCUCGAUACCACCGAAGAAGAACAUAAGAAACAGAAAGGCAAUUGGUUUCAAAGUUUGUUCGACGUACCGGAUGUAGUGGAUAGCGAUGACGAUUCGUUCCCGGAAGUGCAGGGCCACAGCGACGGAACCGAGACCAAAACCAUCCAAACGCUUCAAAGGUACCACGGAGGACCGAAUUACGAACGCAUACUCUUUAUGGAGAAGAACUCUAGUCUCGCGCAGAAGGACUACGCCGUGGCUGUGGAGCAGUGCUCUAUAUUCUUAUGCGACGACAAUACCGUCAUUAGCUUCUUUGAAAGUUCCGCUGACGAUAUCGAACCACCAAUAAUGGCUCGUUUAUCGUCCACCAAUACCCUGCUGCGCAGUUCCUGCGAUGGUAGUAUGGUCGUUCAAGCCAUCAUAGACGCCAUCGUCGAUCUUUGCUUCCCCGUAAUCCAUGCAUACCAGGAUACAAUCGGCGAGCUAGAGCUUAGCGUCCUAACGGACACAUCCCUCCAUGAUACCCAGAGGUUAUACAUCCUAACCAGCGAACUGGCGCUUUUGAAAACGACAAUCCAGCCGCUGACGGGGAUCAUCAAUGCUCUUCGUGAUCACAAGAGGGAUCCUACUAAGAAAGGAAAUAACUCCAUGAGUCAAUUGACAUCCGUAGGAAUCUCGCCCAUUGCGCAUACUUACCUUGGCGACGUGCAAGAUCACACUAUCGUUUUGUUGGAAACAGUGGAAACAAUGAAGAGGUCAGCUGAUAAUCUUACCGACUAUAUCUUCAAUACCGUGGGUAAUCUACAAAAUGAGAAUAUGAGACAGUUGACUAUUGUCACGAUAUUUUUCCUGCCGUUGACCUUCUUAACUGGUUAUUUUGGGAUGAAUUUCACCGAGUUUAAAGGAAUCGAAAGGUCGGAUGCUUUCUUUUGGUACCUUGCCGUGCCAAUCGGUGUAACAACCAUGCUAGCAUUAUUAAACGGCCCACUCGUCCGCCAGAUCAUAAAACUUUUCCGCCGCCGUCAGAUUAGUAAGGUCCGGAGGCUUCGAGAAAGGCAGGAACGCAAGGAACGCCCCCGAUUGAGAUUGAAUGCCACCCGACGUUUGACCUUUGGCCCUAGGAAAGCUAAAGACAAGUCCUCGACCAAGCAGGCCAACGGUGAUAUGACAAUACCUGAAGAGCCACCCAUGCCAUCGGGGAGUGAGACGAUUGCAAGAGAUAUGGCUUUCAAUGAUGGGAGUGAAAGAAUUACAAUUGAGCCUUGA